AUUAUGCCCUCACCAAAUUCAAGAAGCAAUUCCUCUAUGAUGAGAUAGAGGCCGAGGUCAACCUGUGUUUCGAUCAAUUUGUGUACAAAUUAGCUGACCAGAUAUUUGCCUACUACAAAGCAAUGGCUGGAAGUGUCCUCCUAGACAAACGCUUCCGUGCGGAGUGUAAGAACUACGGUGUGAUCAUUCCAUACCCGCCUUCAAACCGCUACGAAACACUGCUCAAACAGAGACAUGUGCAGCUGCUGGGUCGCUCCAUUGACCUGAACAGAUUGAUAACCCAGAGGAUCUCAGCAGCCAUGUACAAAUCCCUGGAUCAGGCUAUCAGCCGCUUUGAGAGCGAGGACCUCACCUCCAUAGUG